AGGACAGAUCAGAAGAUACUACUACUACUACUACUACUAAUGAUGCUACUAUAUUCCAGUGCUGUGUAGUACCUAAAAGUGAUACGUGAGUAAAGGAACAAGUAUCUUACCAAAAAAUAACUUUUAAAAGUUGAAGCCAGAUAUAAGAUGUGCUAAUACUGAACUGUCAUAGUUCAAACUGUCGUCACAAUGAAAAUAUUUAAUAUUUUUUUGUACAAUACAGGCAGAAUGUCUUUCGAAAACUAAUUUUUAAACCUCAAUCGACCGCUAGGUGUCAGUAUGUGCAAUUCUACCCUAACAUGCAUGGAUAUGUGUGUGUGUGUGUGUGUGUGUUUUUCUAUCGUCGUAGGGACCACAGAAACCAUACAAAACUAUCUUCGUGGGUCAUUUUGACCUUGUGGGGACAUUUUGCCUGGUCCCCACGAGGUUAAAUGGUUUUAGGGUUAGGGUAAGAACUAUAUUGAGGUAAGGUUAAAGGUUGGACAUUAACUGGUUAUGGUUAAGGUUAGGCCGCCGUGUGUGAGUACUUGUUUUUGUGGCCUCUUUAGGACCUUUCUCGCACUAACCUUGUCACUUGUCAGGACCAGUAUUCCACAUGGGGACCUAAACCUGGUCUUAAUGAGGCAGAAACUGAUUUCUGAAGAACGUUUUUGAAUUUAGGCUAGGUUAAAGGUUUAGAAUUAGCUGGUUAUGUUUGUUGGUGUGCGCGCGCGUGUGUGUGUGUGAAUCAGAGAGGGAGGGAGGGAGGGAGACAGACAGCAGCAGUCAGAACAUGAGCCUGCUGCUGCUGUGUGACUGUCAGUCGCUGACAAGUCUGCACCUUGUUCACAUCGACAGUUUCACUUUGGAUAACUUUUUUAUUUAUUUUUUUUUUUACAAAUAUGACAUAACAUUAUUAUAUUUUUUUUUACUCAAAACCGUUGGAAACCAUAACUCUUAAAAAGAGAAACUUCUACAGCACAAUGAGCGCGUCUUCAGGAACAGGAGUGUUCGUGUUCUCGUUGAUGUCCAUACCCAUUUGUUAUCUGUUCAAUUCCUUCAUCCACAACAGCAGUGCUGAUGCUUUGUUCUUCGCUGGAUGCACGUCACUCCUCAUCCUGGCGGUUUCAACCCGUUUCAUGAUUAAGAAGAAAGCUCCAGUAGAUCCUCUGUUCUAUGUGUACGCUGUGUUUGCGUUCCUCAGCGUGGUCAAUCUGAUCAUCGGGCUGGAGCAGGACAACAUCAUCGAUGGAUUUGUGACGUUUUACCUCAAAGAGGCAAAUCCACAUAUUAACACGGCACACGGACACAUGAUCUCGUACUGGGACGGCUGUGUGCACUAUCUCAUGUAUCUGCUCAUGAUUGCUGCCAUUACUUGGGGGGACAGUUACCGAGCCAUUGGACUCUACUGGAUGGGAUCCUUUCUCAUGCGUGCCAUAGUCUACAUUCUUGGGAAUGCUGUGGGGAAAUAUGGGACCCAUGUUAGUCCUCUCUUUUUCCUCCACAUGCUGUAUAUCUUGGUGGCUGUGUGGGCCUGUUUCCGCGUCUUCAGUCAGCCACAAUCACAAGAUGUUCAGGUGAAUAGCAUCCAGGAGGCUCAAAGACAGAGUUUACUCGACAGACCUCUGGACUUACUCUUUGUCCUGUACCUCAUCCUUGCUUUGGCUUUCAGCACCUUCAGAGGCCUGGUUGUUCUGGACUGUUCCAGCAAAUACUGUCAAGACUACACACAGAUGUAUGAGCCUUACCUGAAAGAUCCCUCAGCCUACCCUAAGAUCCAAAUGCUGGUGAGUAUGCUGUACUCUGGCCCAUACUACAUCAUUACGCUCUACGGGCUGUUGGUCCCAGGAUGUGAGUGGAUGACCGACCUGACGCUUGUACACUCAGGAGCACUGGCACAGGCCCAGUUCUCUCACAUUGGCGCGUCGCUGCACACACGGACGCCGUUCUCCUACAGAGUGCCUGCUGACAACCAGCUGCUCUUCUUGUUGAUCAAUGUCCUGUACGCUCUGGUGCCUCAGGCUCUGUGCUACCGCUGCUGCAACAGGCCUGUCUUCUUCCUCAGGCCAACGCCGGAGAAGAAAAGUGAUUGACUGGUUGAGUGUCAGCUAGAGAGAGGAAAGCAGAAAGUAAGAGAGAUAGAAAAAAAAGAAAGAAUGCCAGGGAUGUGGAGGAUUUGAAUGAAAGGCUGAACUGCUAGAGUGUUCUGCUUCUGUUAUUGGCAGUUGCUAUUUUUGGAAACAUUGUCCCCUCAUAUAAAUAUAGUGGGGGCUAAGUGGACAGUAUUGGAAAAUGGACAAAAAUACUCAGGUGUUGGCAAAGAUGCUGUCAUCUGUCAUCAUUUGUUUUGUUGAUUACUUUCAAAAUAAAAGCACCAACAAUAA